GUUGAAGAUACACAGCCUGCGCGCAGGAUGGGAAAGGGCGUCAUGUUCACGAGCGUCAUGUAAGCGCAGCGGUUUGCCAUCACACCGACCGAUUUGCAACCCUCCUCCCAGUUUAUCAGUAAAAUACCAGCGAUUUCAGGGUCGUUAUCGAUACAAGCCAUUGCAUAGUGUUGCAGCCCAUAGAAGCUCACAACAGGGUCCAGAGAUGGCAUCAGUGAAGCUGGAAGACUGCAGUCAAACACUGGAACUCAAUGUGAUUGUCAAAGAGGAGGAGGAGGAGAGAGAAAUCGAGGAGGAGGAGGAAGAAGAGUAUGAGGAAGAUAAUGACAUUGACUCUGAUAUGGAAGAAGAGGAGGACCAGGGAGAAACAGGGCUUGUUAUUGUUAAAAGAGAGGAGGAGGAGGAGGAGGAGCGGGACAGAGAGAAGAAGCAUGAAGAGGAGGAGGAAGGUGUGGAUAGGACUAAGCCAGGAGAGGUUGCCAGCUCUGACCCAGACAGCCUAGAGGACCCUGACCCGGAGAGACCGUACCUCUGCUCCCAGUGCGGCAAGAGGUUCACUGCAGCCAGCAGCUUGAAGAUACACAUGAUGACCCACAGCGGAGAGAAACCCCACCAGUGUUCCGUUUGCGGGAAGGCCUUCCUGCGAUCCUAUGACCUGAGACGACACCAGGUGGUUCACAAAGGAGAGGGUGCCAGAUCUGACACGGAUAGCUCUGAGAAGCUGCACCGCUGCUCCGAGUGCGGAAAGAGGUUCCUCACAAAGACGCGGCUGAACAGACAUGCGCUGAUUCAUAGCGGAGAGAAACCACAUCAGUGCUCUGUCUGCGGGAAGUGUUUCUUACGACCCGACGACCUGAGGAGACACAUGACCAUCCACACCGGAGAGAAAACCAAGCACGUCUGCCAUCCGUGUGGGAAGACCUUCACCUUGCUACGGCACCUCAAGAUCCACCAGCGAGUACACACAGGAGAGAAACCAUACCACUGCUCCAAGUGCCCGGAGAGUUUCGCCCACCUGUUGGAGUAUAGGAAGCACAGACAGACCCACCGUAAGGAGAAACCAUACCACUGUGAUGAGUGUGGCAAGAUGUUCUCCCACUUCAGAACCCUCAAGGUUCAUCGUCUGAUCCACACAGGAGAGAACCUCCACCACUGCUCCUACUGCGGGAAGGGCUUCACGAUCAGAGGGAACCUCAACACCCACCUACUGACCCACACCAAGGAGAAACCGCAUCAGUGCUCCAUCUGCGGACAACGCUUCGCAAGAUCCCAGUGCCUGAAAAAACACAAGCUCAAGAAGUUACACAUGGAAGAGGUCCUCUACCACAUCUGCGACUGUGGUAAGAGCUUCACAGAUGUAGAGAAGCUGCAGACGCAUGCAAGGACGCACUUGAAGAACCUUGAGAAGAGGUUCUGCUGCUCGUACUGCGGCCGGACGUUCGUACGGGCUGGUGACCUUCAAAGCCACCAGAGAACACACACUGGAGAGAAACCGUACGUCUGCACUAUAUGCGGGACCCGUUUCGCCCAGUCUGGGAACCUGAGAGUGCACCAGAUCACGCACACUAAAGAGAGGCCGUACCCUUGUACUGUCUGUGAAAAGGGGUUCACCACACCGGGGAGUCUGAAGGUGCACAUGAGGCUCCAUACAGGGGAGAAGCCUUAUGUCUGUAGCCUGUGUGGGAAAGGGUUCCAUGUACCCAAAUUGCUGAAGAAACACCAGGAGCAUCACACAAGCGAGAUGACAGCCUCCUUGGACAUGACAUAGGAAAAGCCUACAAUUUGUCUGGAGGACUUUUAUUUUGGAAAACACAUGUCCUCAAUGAGACCAGUGGCCAGUACUUUAGUCACUGAGGUCUAUCCUUUCUCAAUUAAUCUUUCCUCGAUUAUCUCGCAUCCUCUCUCCUCACCUCAACUGUAUUGGAGGAGAAUAUCUAAAGUCCCUCCCCUCAGACCUUCUCCUCCAAUGAGUUUUGAGAAGAAGCUGAGGAGAGAGAAUGCAAGGACUUCGAGGACUGAUGAAUUGAGAAAAAAAAUCAGGUUUCAAUGGCCAAAGGAUUGCUGGUGGUUUCUCUGCUGCUCUCAUUAACACUAGCAUCGCUGGGCCUCGGGCACGUACCAGUGGAGCGUCUACAUUUGAAACAGUCUAUAAAUCCAUUUAAGGACAUGGGUUUUCAAAAUAAAAGUCAUCUGAAAUUGUGCUCCAAAUGUGCUUUUCAACAUCUCACUAGUUCAUGACUGAAUUUGUAGUGCUUCAUUUAGUGAUACAGCCUUCAUAAAGCUUCUCUAGGUUAACGCCAUAUAUGAAGACAGUAAUGAUAUAUAAGGAUGUGUUACAUCAUGUGUUGCCCUCUUUAGGUAGCCUAGUGGUUAGAGCAUUGGGCCAGUAACUGAAAGGUUGCCAGAUCGAAUCCCUGAGCUGACAAGGUAAAAAUCUGUCAUUCUGCCUCUGAGCAAGGCAGUUAACCCACGGUUCCCCUGAGCAAGGCAGUUAACCCACGGUUCCCCUGAGCAAGGCAGUUAACCCACUGUUCCCUGGGUGCGGUGGAUGUCAAUUAAGGCAGCCCCCCCUGCACCUCUCUGAUUCAGAGGGGUCGGGUUAAAUACAGAAGACACAUUUCAGUGGAAGGCAUUCAGUUGUACAACUGACUAGGCUUUUCCAUUAUAGCCAUCGUGGUUAUUAUUUGACCCUGCUGGUCAUCUAUGAACGUUUGAACAAUCUGGCCUUAAUGGUCACAUGGACUCUUAAAUCUCUACCCGACACAGCCAGAAGAGGUCUGGUCACGCCUCGGCGCCUGGUUCCUCUCUAUCCGGCACAGCCAGAAGAGGACUGGCCACCCAUCAGAGCCUACUUCCUCUCUAGGUUUCUUCCUAGAUUUCUGCCUUUCUAGGGAGCUUUUCCUAGUCCCCUUGCUUCUGCCUCUGGAUUGCUUGCUCUUUGGGGUUUUAGGCAGGGUAUCUGCAGAGCACUUUGUGACACCUGCUGAUGUAAAAAGGGCUUUAUAACAUAUGAUUUGACACGAUGUGAACACGUCAGUAUAUGUUAUGACAAUAAAUGCUAACUGUGUAA